GGAAUGGGAGGAAGUAGAGGAAUGUCGAAAGCGAGUGACACAAAUCUGGUAGUAUCAAUGUAGGUUUAGCGGUUCUGUUCUUUCAGUGGGAGCGAAAUGGAGAUACUGAAUAUAAUUUCACACAUAACCCGGGCUUGAAGUAGGGUAAUGUAUAGCAUUUUGUGAAUUUUUAAGUCCUAUUGUAGCUUUGAGCAUGUGGUGUAGGCUGAGGAGAAACAACAUACAGAUGUGCACCAUUAACGUGCAAACAUGGUCUAUGUGUGCAGUCUACACAGCACGGUUUAAAACGCUCUGAAAACAUAGUAUUCCCGUCGUAUUUUCAACCAUCCAGGAGAUAUCUAUGCAGCACAAUGGGAGGAGAGGACAAGCCCCCGACCAAAACCCGACAGAGGAAAAAGGGAAAGAAGUCCCGUUCUAAAGAAAAGAGUCCUGGUAGCAGUCCCAGUGCCCACCUCCAGGAUGACGAUGACUUCCUGGUUCCUCCAGCUCCACAGCCUCCACCCCAGAAGAAGAAACAGGAGGAGAAGCCCAAAGUGGCAGUGGCCAAAUUGGGGGAGGAGUCGUCCAUAGCCAUCUGUCUGCAGGUGCUGUUCCCCUACCUGUUAGCCGGGAUGGGGAUGGUGAUGGCAGGCAUGGUGCUGGACAUGGUACAGCAUUGGGAGGUGUUCAAGGUGAUCACUGAAAUAUUUAUUCUGGUACCAGCUCUCGUUGGGCUCAAAGGAAACUUGGAGAUGACCCUGGCUGCUCGUCUCUCAACUGCUGCAAACACGGGUCAAAUGGAUGAUCCUGACAAGCAGUGGCUAAUGGUGUACAGCAAUCUGGCUCUUAUACAGGUCCAGGCAACAGUGGUGGGCUUUCUGGCUGCUGUAGCUGCCAUUUGUUUAGGGGCCAUCUCCAGAGGGGGAGUGGAGCUGGACCAAGCAGCCGUCCUGUGUGCUAGCAGCAUCACCACUGCAUUUGUGGCUGCUCUCUCUUUAGGUCUGGUGAUGAUUGGCGUAAUCAUUGGUUCCAAGAAGGUGGGCAUCAACCCCGACAAUGUGGCGACUCCCAUUGCUGCCAGUCUGGGUGACCUGAUCACUCUGUCCCUGCUGGCCGGGGUCAGCAGCACACUCUAUGAAUAUAUUGACGUGUGGUACUUGUCUCCCCUGGUGUGCCUGGUGUUCCUGGCCCUGAUCCCUGUGUGGGUGCUGGUGGCCCGACAGAGCCCUCAGAUCAGAGAGGUGCUGAAGUCUGGGUGGCAGCCUGUCCUAGUAGCCAUGUCUAUUAGCAGUUUUGGAGGCCUUAUACUUGACAAGACAGUCAGUGAUCCAAACUUCGAGGGAAUGGCUGUCUUCACACCUGUUAUAAACGGGGUUGGGGGAAAUCUGGUAGCGAUCCAGGCCAGUAGGAUUUCCACGUACCUACACUUCUGGAGCAUCCCCGGUGUGCUGCCGUAUCAGAUGAGGCAACACUGGCCCAACCCUUUCAUCACAUUCUUCUCCUCAGGGGUGAACUCUAAGUCUGCGCGGGUGCUGCUGAUGCUGGUGGUCCCGGGACACCUGGUCUUCCUUUAUGCCAUUUCACUGCUGCAGGGCGAUGAAGCACCCAUCUCCCUCGCCUUUGUCGUCUGCUACCUGUGCGCUGCUCUCCUCCAGGUGAGCAUCCUCCUGUACGUGGCAGACCUGAUUGUGCGCAUGAUGUGGAGGCGCAGUCUGGACCCUGAUAACUUCUCCAUCCCGUACCUGACCGCUCUGGGGGACCUGCUGGGCACUGGCUUCUUGGCCAUGUGCUUCCAUAGCGUGUCCCUCAUCCACAGCCUCACCCUCUGAACGCACACUACAAUAUUCUCCACACUGCACGGAGAUGCUUUGGACUGCACAAUAAAGCGUUUCUGUUCCUAAUUACCGGGCCAGUACACUCAACCAUACAGUGUAGCGUAUUAAUCUGAUUUCAAGAUAUAGCAAGCACAUCAAUACAUCUCCGGAUCUAAUUGCUGAGAAUGUAAACCUGGAGUCAUUCCUUGUCAGCACUCAUAAUCCAACAUCAGGUUUUAGCCAACAAUAGCGUUCUACCUAGCAUGUGGAAUCAUUCUGAUGCAAGUUGUUAAAUUUUAUGUUUUAGAAUUGUUUUUGUCUUUGAGAAUAAAGAGAAAUGUGUUGUUUUGUGAAUUAUGUGUUCAGGCAAUAGUUAGACCAGUGUGAGAAAAACAGUGGUGGAUGAAGUACUCAAUUUUGCUACAGAUACAGAGGUUAAAAAGUUGCUCAAGUAAAAGUAUCAUCUGGAAAAAUGUAUUAAAGUACCAGUUUAAAAAAGUACUUUAACAAAUUAGCCAACUUGCCAAUAUUUUUACUUGGGGUAUUUAUUUUUGUUUGCUCAAAGCUGAAGGUUGAACUCUAAAACUGUAGUCAGGCUGUUGACACAAACACGGUAAAAAUAACUCCUCAAAUCAUAUAAAAAGUACGCUUUACUUUUCAGUUCAGUUCAAAACUGUAGUGGAGUAAAAAGUACAGAUACCUGCGCUCAAAUGUAAGUAAAACAUAUCUGUUGUAAAAUAUAUUAAAGUAAAGUACAGAUACCAAAAACAUUUACUAGUACAGUACUUUACUUGUGCUUCGUUGCCUUCCACCACUGGAGAGAACAAAUUAUUGCUUGAUGACUGGAAUGGAUUUAACUUGGUAGCAAAUAUUUGAAAUUGAAUAUUGACUGGAACCAGAACAUCUUUAAUAUUAGUGCUAAUCGCAGUAUGAAGCCAACUCAACCUAAUAAACAGUGUUAAAUGGUUAGCAUGUAUUUCAUCCAUUGGAACACCCAGUGAAAUGUUUUAUCUAGCAGGUGGUAAAACUGUUUUAGCUAUUGAAUUUGAAAUUGCACUAGCACCGUUUGUUUGUGCAAUUUAGUUUGUGGACAAUGACUGUGGUAGUGUUGUUGAAGCAAUAAACUUACUGCACAGUGAUGUAACACAUAAAGUCCACUACACGGAUCACCUCAACCCAGUUCACACCUAAGCACCUAAAAUCUGAAGUAUAUAAGGCUACAUUUAUUUCUCAGGCAUUGGAAAUACUGUGAUCUGUUUUGUUAUUGCUUUGCAUUACUUGACUGAACAGGACCCAGCCUUCCAGUUCAUUCUGUUACAGUAUCUGAACCAUAAAGCCUCUUCUACUCAUUAUCGACUGUUGCAUAUCUGAUUGUAUUCGUUUUCAGUCGCUGGAAGCAUUUGUUUUUGCACAUUGACUUGAAUGAUCAUUUUUCAAUCUUCAUUUCAGUUAAUACUUUUAGCGCUGAGCUUCUCGGGUACAAUACUAAGGCAUAUUGUUGUACAAAUGUCAUAUAUGUGAAUGUGUUAAUGUCAUUACUCUGCUCAUCUCACCUCAAGCAUUGUUUUAAAAGAUAAGGUUUAGGUAUUUCUAUUGUCCUGCACUGCCAUAUGGUCUGCCACACAGUGUCCUGCGGUUGUUGCAGGUUCCGAGAGCUUCCACAGCAGUGUUAUAACUAAUGUAAGUGCUAAGUAUGUGUGGUCUCUCAAUGUUUGGUAUACUGUAAUUCUGUGUUUGUGGCAUCAAAUAAUAUUUUAUUAAAAACCAACCUAUUUAAAA